AUGGCCAACAGGAAGGCCGUCGGGCCGGACGACCUACCGGCUGAGCUGAUCAAGCUGUUCCUGGAUGGAGACCGAGGCUUCCUCCGCGAAUUCCACGCCAUCGUCGUGGACGUGUGGCAGACGGGGAACGUACCGCAGCAGUGGAAGGACGCCACCAUCAAGGUUCUGUUCAAGAAGGGGGACACGAUGGAGUGCGGCAACUACCGGGGCAUCUCUCUCGUUGCACACGCCGGCAAGGUGCUGCUUAAGGUCGUUGCAACACGCCUAAGCCACUACUGCGAGCGAGAGGGCAUCCUCCCGGAGGAGCAGAGCGGUUUCCGCCCACACCGGUCGACGCUCGACAUGCUGUUCGC